AUGCCCAUCCACAACUACACUCCUAGAAUCAGUCCUAUGGCUGAAUUUGUUUUACUAGCCGAGUUUGAUAUUGAUAAAGGCUCGUCCUUGUCUUGCCAAUAUCCUACUCCGACUGGUGCUGAUCCUGCCACUUUGGCUGAAUGGAUGCUUCCUGAAGGUGCUCACUUGCGUCGUGAAGACUGCUCAUACUUUAUCUUGAAUCGAACAAAAGCUGGGACUACUAUACCAAACGAGUCAAUUGCAUUGGCGCAGUUACAGUCCAGUCCGCUCGAGCAAGAAUGUAACCAACGCAACGUGCGAGUACUGGGACGAAUUGACUGUGUGUUUUCAUCUGCAGACGAUCGCAUGUACUUUAUGCGUUUUGUACAUGAAUCAGCCCAAGUUUUGCCUGCUCAACGUGUUUUUCCUGAAGACCUUCCGGAAAUUCCAACCCCUGAUGAGCCACUAUUAUAUGUAAUCAACAUGAUCAGCAUGAAAAUCAUUGCUGGUGCAAGGCGCAGUGCAAGAGUAAAAGCCAUGGCUAUUGCAUCCCGCCAUCCAUGGGUGCACCCACUAUUGAUUUUAGCUCUCGACAAGUACUUUUCAAAUCCAAGCGAGCAAGUCAUUACUGAUUUGUUUUAUAUUUUAAACGGAGUGGAUACACGGUCUAUACCUAUUUUGACUUUACCAGAACGAAAAGUAAUGCGGAUGUUGAUGCGCAACACUGUUCCUCAUCAUAGUGCAAACUUUGAUCAGCAAAAGAUUUUUUUAAAGCACUACGAUUCUAAAGAUGAGCCUUUGGAGAUUCGAGAUUAUUUAACUGAUCCAGAGAUUCUCAUUAAUUUUGCGCAUCAUUCUUUGCCCAUCAAAGUUCCAGUAGCAAGUCUGCCUUCUGAAUUUGGAGAUUUUUCAUUUACGACACUUUUUACCACAUUUGCGUCUCCGACACUAACUAACCAGACCCUCCCAUUAAAAUGGCGCAAUGAAUUGCCUUACUGUUGGCAUCCCCAUCUUGACUGUGGAUCACUUACUCACCCCAUAAUUGUGCUUCUUUUUGCUCUUUUGACUGAAAAACGAGUACUGUUUCUUGGUUAUGGUAAACCUAGCAGCGAGAUUUCAUCAUGUGUGUUGGCAUGCACAGCUAUUGCUUCAGGAGGCGGGUUAGUGCCUGAUGCUAUAUCUCGAUCUUUUCCAUGUGUUGGAUUGGCUAGUGUAGAUAUGCUGUUGAAAGUGCCUGGAUACAUUGCUGGUGUAACCAACCCAGUUUUUGAAGAGCAGGCAGCAUGGUGGGAUAUACUCUGCAAUUUAAACACGGGGAAAAUUACCAUUAGCUCAAGAUUGAUCUCCAACGAGGUUCCUGGAGAUACUUUUAAAGACCGAUCGUUUGAUGCCACUCAAGCCAUAUCUGAAGAAGACGAUACGUUGAUUCAAGAGAUUUCAAUGGGAUUACAAAAGCAUAUUGACGAAAUGCAUCUCCGUCAACUUGUCUAUAACUUUGUGGAGCGGUUUAUUCAGGUUUGCACACCGCCUGUUGACGUCAGUGUAUCGGUCAGUGCCGUGCUUCCAGGCUUAACAACCUCACCACCAGUUAUGCCAGCCAUAUCAGGAAACAUUACUUCCCCAGUGGUCCGGAUUCCAAUGCAAUGGCGAGCAAGAGCUGAAGCAUGGCAAAAUACUCAAUCCAUGAAAAAUCUUUGUCAGUCGCGACUCUACAUGUCUCGAAAAACCAUGUUUCCUCAAUACGAUGUCAAAUCAGCACUGGUUGAAAUGGCAGCUGUUGCUCUUCCUAAUAUUCCUGGGAUAUCGUCAUCUAGUAGUCAUGGAGGAUCAAGCAUUGGCCGAAGUAGUGGUAUAUCUACUGGAAGUGGUGCUGCAAUCCUAUCACUGCAAAUCGAACGUGUUGUUUCUAAUUUUUGCAUCAUGGACUAUUUGGUUCAAGAGGCUUCUGAUGAUGAGCUGAUGGAAAUUUUGUCGUAUUUACCUACUACUGAUGGUGGUUGUUUGCCUUUUUCUAUUGGGCUGUACCACGAACGACCCGAAGUUCGUAUGGCUGCUGCUCAUAUCAUUCAGCGCUUGUUUCUUCAAAAGAUGGGCGAAGACGAUGACAGCGAUAUGAACUAUAUGGAUGAUAUGGGUUUAGACGAUGAUGGAUUUUAUUCAGACGAUUCGGAUUCAGAAAUAAGGGGUGUUGAGGCGUAUACAGAAAUGUCACCAGUAAUAGAGUCCAUGGUUAAUUUAUCUGUAUCCCAACCUUCUCAAAGUGCAAGACGAAAUCGGUCGAGUUUAACUUUGGAUGAUACUGAUGUUUAG